AACAUCAUGCUUAUCAAAGGGUGUCUGUGGGGUGCUGUUGCCAUAGUAACCAGCAGCAGCCCUGAGGGCUCACCUGUGGCUGUCAUGCGUGUGUUCCCUCAUGAUCUGCACAGACCCUCCAGUUCUUCCAGCUUCGCGUCCACUGCCAUGACCAGCUCACUGGAGGACGACAGUCUGAACCUCAGACAGCAGAAACUGGAGAAACAGAGGGCGCUGCUGGAGCAGAAGCAGCGGCGGAAGCGUCAGGAGCCGCUGAUGGUCCAGCCGAACUCAGAGGGACGUCCGCGGCGCUCGCGGCCCCGCCGCAGUGAAGAACAAGCGCCACUCGUGGAGACGCACCUCAGCACUGCCAGUGACAUCAUCCUGGAUGGCAUCGAUGGCCCCGCGGCUCUGCUGGGUUCAGAAGCUCCAGAUCUGGGCAGUAAGAUCCAGGUUCUGUCGGUCAGUCCGCCGCCCGCUGCAGAAGAGCCAGAGACAGACGCCGACACCGACACACUGCUGGAGCCCAAACCGGACAUACACACUCUGCUGCAGAGACGCGGACUUUCUGGCAGCAUGAACUACGACGAGGCCAGUGAGGAUGAUGAUGAUGAUGAUGAUGAUGAUGAAGCUGAAGAGCCGAACACAGAGAGCACUCGUCCUGCGUCGGCCUCCAGCACCAAAUCCACCACGGAGUGUCUCCCGCUGGGUUCUCCGUCGGCUGAGGGCUCCUCCGUUGAGGUGGAUAAUCUGGAGGAGUUUGUGCUCCGUCCGGCUCCGCGGGGAGUCACGGUCAAGUGUCGCAUCUCGCGGGACAAGAAGGGCAUGGACCGCGGCCUCUAUCCCACGUACUUCAUGCACCUGGAGAGAGAAGACGGCAAGAAGGUGUUCUUAUUGGCCGGACGCAAGAGGAAAAAGAGCAAAACAUCCAACUAUCUGAUCUCUGUAGAUGCCACAGAUCUGUCCCGUGAGGGCGAGAGCUUCAUAGGAAAACUGAGGUCUAAUCUGAUGGGAACCAAGUUUACUGUGUAUGAUAACGGCACGAAUCCCUCGAAAACCCCCGGAGCGCUGCUGGAGGAAACCAACACACGGCAGGAGCUCGUCGCCAUCUGCUACGAGACCAAUGUUCUGGGCUUCAAAGGGCCGCGGAAGAUGACCGUAGUCAUUCCUGGCAUGAACAUGAACUUCGAGCGGGUUCCGGUUCGGCCCGAGUGUGAGCAGGAGUCUCUGCUGAGUAAAUGGCAGAAUCACUCGCUGGAGAACCUGAUAGAGCUGCAUAAUAAAGCGCCGGUGUGGAACGACGACACGCAGUCCUACGUGCUGAACUUCCACGGCAGAGUCACGCAGGCCUCCGUCAAGAACUUCCAGAUCGUCCACGACAACGACCCUGACUACAUCGUGAUGCAGUUUGGACGUGUGGCGGAUGACAUCUUCACUCUGGACUUUAACUACCCCAUGUGAGCCUUGUAGACUUUUAUUAUCGG